CUGGUUUUGAGUGAUGAAUCCCCGUGUGGCGAAAUCGAGAACAUCUCCACAGUGUUUGCCUCUGCCUCCAGUUUUUUGCUACCCCAUUAGAAGGUCAUUUCCUUUUUCCCCUGUGUUCACAUCGGUGGUACAUGUGGAACACACUAGCCGUCGUUUUCAUUUGCCUUUUCUUCGUCUAGAACCUCGCCAGGAGAGAGACUCGCGGCCGGUACUCCCGUCAGCGCGCGUGGCAUUACUCUCUACAGAACCGGCCGAAAUUUUCCAGUUGUAUUUGACCACAUUUUCGCGUUAGAGCUGCUGCGAUACAGACAGUGGCGUAUAUCGUGCUCUCUUUGCGAAUCUCGUGCUUUGUAGUGCGCGAAUUGAUUGACUCCGCUCCUAAGCUGGCCCUCCUCGCCGUCACAAAAUUCCAGCGGCUCUCGCCAACUUUUGCCCCGCCGUGACACCCCUGCCUUUUUCACACUCUCUCGUUUGUUUUGUGAAACCACAUCAGUUUCUGGGAAAACAACGCCCUGACUGUUGCGACUUUUUUGUGAGAAGGACACCGGCGCUUACCUGCUGCAGGAGGAACCUAACGUGAGGCCUGAUUUCAACACUUUGUUCCGUUGGCAUUUCACCACCGAUGUUUGGCAAUAGUUCCGCUUUCUGUUGACCGUCGGAAUAUCCAGUGUUUUGAUCAGUGACAGCGACACUAAGAAGCUCUGCAGCUUGUGCUUGUUACUCCCGAAAGGUGUGUAAUGAUCUACUCUGGUAGGUCCCGUUGUUCUUGUUGAUAGUUCUCAUCUCCGGCAUAGCCUUUCCAGGGCAGAAACUGCAAAAAUGUCUUCGCAAACUGGCAUACAAUCUGCUGAUGGAGCAGAGCAACAGGUCACUGCAGGCCUAGAGCGCUCUCAGACUCUAGAGAGCACUGGGGUGCCACAACUUUCGCUAGCGCGUUUAUUUUCCCCUGAAGGUUCGUUCGUAAUGGCACCAGAAGUCACACCAGAAACUCCUGUGAGGCGGGCGACUCUCGCCUCGAUGCCAUCGGAGAUGUUUCGCUCUGAAAGCCUAAGACACUCUCUUUCGUCGAAAUCUGUAGCGGCCGUGGAUCUCCUGGAGGAAAUGGCUAGCGAAGAAAGAGUGGCUAUUGCGAACCAAAGCGGCGACUACAGAGUCAAACUCACGGGCCCCGACGGAGAAAUCCCUGUAAACAUCUGGGAUUUGUCGCUGUACCCAUUGUGGCCGUUUGAUCACUACCAGUCACUACGGAGAGAGUACCUUGAGACCAGGGCAAAACCCGAACGAACGCCCGAAGAGGAGAAAUACAUUCCUCCCCAUCCGGGAGUGGACUACAUCUACAACGAUUGCCCCUACAUGUCCCAUACGGGGAAAAUGGACUUUCUGAGCAUGAGUGCACACUGCAUUUUGGAGGAUGGAUCUCGCCUGCCGGCAGACAUCGAUAAGUCGCUUCGCCCACGCCCCUUCUUUUCCGAUGGAGGAAGCAUCAGAUGUGCAUGGUUCGGCAGUGGAAAGUAACUGACAAAACUCAGUGCAGUGAAGUCUCUUCUCAGCACGCAGCAGCUGUCGCUAAGAGAAACUAUUUUUCCAAAUUUGUCGGCUUCGGCCUAUCUCGUGGGAUGCAGUGCCUGACACUGCCAAUAAAUAUGCAUUGCUAAGUGACAAACGCUGUCUUGUUUCUCCCCAACUCCCA